AUGGAUACCCGCAAGGAAAACAAGGUAAGAAAAGCUAUAAAACCCAAGACGACAAAGCGAAAGGAGAAGAAAUAUAAAACCGGAAGAUUUGCUAGGAGGAAAUCGCUGCGAUCUUUUGGGAAUUUCAUGGGAAGGAUUCUUAAAACUUUGGGCACUUUUGCGCACUUUGGCGACGCGGAAACGCCGGACGCGGAGGACGACGACGGCGGGUUCGGGCGAACCGCUUCUGGGGGUUUCAGAGACGACAGUGGGCAGACCUCCAGGGAGGGAACCGUGAAGAAGAGUUCCACGGUGUCCUCCUCCACUCACGGCUCGGUGAAAGACAGGCUGUCGUGGUGCUUCGGCGACAAGACCCCCGGUGUGCUGGGGCUGAAGAACCAUGGAAACACCUGUUUCAUGAACGCCGUGGUUCAGUGCCUCAACAACACGGACCUGCUGGCCGAGUACCUCGGGCUGGAGCAGUACAAGUCGGAUUUGUACCAGAGGAGGGUGAACGGGGACGAGAGGGGCGAGGAGCUGCUUCCCGCCAGGGGAGAGGUGACCGAGCAGCUGGCGACGCUGGUCCGAGGCUUGUGGACCCUGGAGUACACACCUCAGCUGUCAGUGGAGUUCAAGAGCAUAGUGGCAAAGUACGGCUCUCAGUUUCGGGGAAACUCUCAGCACGAUGCACUUGAGUUCCUCCUCUGGCUUUUGGACAGAGUUCAUGAAGAUGCCAAUGAAAGCCCCAACAACACAAACAGCAGCAGCAGCAAGGCCAACGCCAAGGGACCCAGUUCAUCUGAGCAUCCUUCCAGUCCCAGUUCAGUCGGCACCCAGCAGCCCCGGGAUCGACACAGUUUUGUCCAGGAACACUUCCAGGCUCAGUACAGGUCUUCUUUGACGUGCCCUCAUUGCCUUAAGCAGAGCAACACCUUCGACCCAUUUUUAUGUAUCUCCCUGCCUAUCACACUGCGACAAACCAGGUCGAUGUGUGUGACACUGGUGUUCAGUACGAAGGUUCAGAGAUACCUGCGGGUGGGGCUGGCUGUACCUCUCUUUGGUUCCCUGUCCUGCCUCAGAUCAAUGGUGGCCCAGGAGGGCAACAUCUCCCCAGACCAGGUCAUCCUAUCAGAGUUGUACUCUACAGGUUUCCAACGAUCCUUUUCAGAUGAUGAUGACAUGACAGUAAUUGCUGAUAGCGACGUUAUCUACGCCUUUCAGGCUCCGCCCCUCCAUAGUCGAGGAGGCUCCACACCACACUCAGGGUAUCACCACAGCCUCCCCUCCUCCCCCUACACUUCCAAUGCAGGACCCGACGGGCAGAGGUUACCUUCUUCUGGCACCCUCUCCUCUGAAUACCUGAACCAGGGCGGCUCCACAAAGGUUCUCCUUGUCAUCUGCAACACAGCAGGAUCUGGCCAGCAGGCGGUCAGGUUUGGACCUCCAUUUCUCAUGCGUGAGGACAGGAGCAUCUCCUGGGACCAGCUGCAGCAGAGCAUCCUCAGCAAGCUGUAUUAUCUGAUGCUGAAUGGAUCCCAGGCUCAGAAUGCUGGCAUGCUGUUCAAGAUUAGAGUAGUUGGAGGAUCGUCAAACUACAGCUACCUGUCCCCGCAGGACAGCAGGCCACUGUACCACACUGCUGUUGACAGAGCUCUGAAGUUCUGCGGCCCCGGAGGACCACCCCAUGUUAAGGUUGUCAUUGAGUGGGAGAACAAGAUCAAAGAAUGUCUCUUUGGCAGCAUCCAGGAGGAGGUGGUGAAGGAUGCAGAGAGUGUGAGGAACCAGAAGCAGCAGCACCUGCAGCAGCACAGCUGCACUUUAGACGAGUGCUUCCAGCUGUACACCAAAGAAGAACAGCUUGCCCCGGAUGACGCCUGGAAGUGUCCCCACUGUAAGCAGCUUCAGCAGGGCAUGGUGAAGAUGAGCCUCUGGACUCUUCCGGACAUACUGAUCCUCCACCUCAAGCGCUUUCGACAGGUAGGCGAGCGGAGGAACAAGCUGUCCACCCUGGUGCGUUUCCCCCUCACUGGUUUGGACAUGGCCCCCCAUGUGGUGAAGAGGAGUCAGAGUAUGAAGAACCUGAACUUGGGGGCCUGGCCUCCUCCUUGGAAGCAGUCCUCAGGCCAACACCAAACUGACCUGACCCUCCCCCAGGACGCUCUGUACGACCUCUACGCUGUGUGUAACCAUCAUGGAGGAAUGCAUGGGGGACACUACACUGCCUACUGUAGGAACUCAGUGGACGGACAGUGGUACAGCUACGAUGACAGCAGCGUAGACUUGGUGCCUGAGGAAGAGGUUUGCACCAGAGGAGCGUACAUUCUUUUCUACCAGAGACGCAACCUCAUUCCUCCGUGGUCGGCCAGUUGCUCUGUCAGAGGAUCCACAAGUUCAUCAAUGUCAGACCACUGGCUGAUACGGCUGACAGGGGACAGUCAGAGAGGCAGUAUGGUCUCUCGAUCCUCCACCACCUGCCCAUCCUCCUUACCUGACUCACCCGAGUCUCCGGUCUUCUUUGAAAACGGUUCAAAAGAAGAAAGAGGGGGUUUUGAUAGCAGGCCUUUGAUCAGAGGUCUUCAGGGAAGGAGUGUGAGCAUGAGAGCACCCAGCAAGACCAGGGAAACACUGAGCAAAGUUUUCCCCCUGCGCUGGUCCUUUGGUUCAAAGGACAGACGGAAACCUGACCCAGUGCCCCCGGCUGUCCAAGACCCUGCCCCUGUGGAGCUGGUACAGUACUUGGAGUCUGGCCGGCGGCCCCGGUGCACAAAAGAUCCAAUAGCAACGUUGAUCAGCGAGCCACGCAGCGCAAGGGAAGCUUCUGAGGGCCGGGCUUCCGCUAAUGUUCGAUCUUCCAGUGUUGGAAGUUUAAGUUGUUUAAAUAAGGCAGGAGAUGGGCUGCUGCUUGAGUCUACAAAGGUACCCGAGGGCCAGAGGAGGCCGUCAGAUAAGACAGCAAGCUUGAGACGCAGUAAGGGGAGCCAGCCAAGAGACGACAGGACGACAAAUAUCAGCAGUAGCUCUAGCAGUAACACUCUCACCAGGAGGAAAGAUGACAGGAAGGAAAGCUCCUCCAAAGCUUGCCAGGAUACUGAGACAAAAAGGAGUUCCAGUGCUGGUGUUCAGUCCAGCUGCAGCACUCCUAGCCUUCAGGAUGGGACCCUGAGAAGACAAAAAGGGGACAGGGCUGAUAGGGAACAACAAGGUGCAUACGAAGGAAACUCUAAGACUAAGAAAGAAGAAGUGCCUAGGAACCAUGAAGGACUGCUCUCCUUCUUUAAAGGUAGUUUCCUGAAGAAGGAUAGGGACUCAAGGAAGUCAAAGGAGGGUGAAUCAGGAAUAGGAGCCGGUGAGGAAGGAGGCAGAAGGACGCUCUCUAAGUCGUCGCUGUCAAAUGGAGCAGCAGCAGCAGCAGGAGGACGGACUGAACCGGAAGUAGGCAAGUCUAAUGGCUCGGGCCACCGGGGCGACGAGCUGGCAAAUGGGAAGGUGGGACGGACAACGGCGGAUAUCAAGCGCUCCCAGAGCUCCUCCAACAUCCCCAUCAAAGCGGUACAGAGCAUGCGUAGGACAGCUUCCCUGCAUCGCAAUGGGAUGUCUACAGCCCCAUCACGCAGCCUGGCAACAGACAAACCGUCGUACGGCACCCUGCAGAGGACUCGAUACAGCACAACCUCGCUUGGACGCAAAAGGACAGUCCCCGAGUCCAGCUUCUGACACACAGAUCAUCAACUCAGCCACACACAAACAAAGCCUUGUAUUUGUCAUAAGGAGAGUGACUUCCAAUCUCUAAGAUCAAAGCAAUAGAGAGCAAUUCCAAGUGGUGCCCCUCUUUGUCCUUAGAAAAUGAACAGCAUGAAGUGGAAUGCAGAACGGAGUUGAGAGGCUCAGAGCAUAUAUAGGGUAGUUAAAUGCUGGGAGAAUGAGAUCAGAAUAAAAUCAUUGGACCUGUCCAUCAAAUU